AUGGGAAGCAGUGCAAGUAAUGUUAAAGAAGGUGCUCCAGUAAAUCCUAGACUUCUUUACACCGAAAAUUUGUCAAAAAAUAAUAACAAGCCAUUGGUUUUAGACACACCAGUUUUGAUAGAUGUAGAUCAUGGUUCUAUAAGAUAUAGAUAUGGUCCGUAUAAAGAUGAACCAGUUGACAAAAGAAAGAGAGUAGAGAGACCCUAUGGUGGAAGUGAAACUGUGGAUAAAAAACAUUAUUUCUAUCAUGCUAGAGUCAAAAAAGAUGGAGAAGAAGAUUUUAAAAGAGUUUAUGUUGCUAAAGGACCAACUAGAUCUAAAGACAAGUUUAUUUAUUAUGUUUAUGGUAAAGGUGGUUUUGAAGGUCAAGAUGGUGACAAAGUUUAUCCUUCACAGAAUAAAUUAGAAGACAAAGAUUAUGCUUGGCCAGCAAAUAGAAAUUUUAAUGAUCUUUAUUAUGAAGUUUCAUUUCCACUACAAGGUAUAUAA